AGAAAAUAAAAUAAAAUAAAAAAAUAAAAGGAAAGACUGCAGAAGGCAAAAAAGAAAAUUGGUUAAAAGGGAGAGCAGAAAUUCCAGAUCCAAAACUGUAAACCAAAAGUCAACACUCCUUCCUUCCUUCUUCCUUCUUCAGCUUUCAUUUUCCUUCCAAUUCACUUCUCUCCUCCGCCCACCGCCGCCGCGGCCCAGCUUCACCUCUUUUCCGCCGGCGCCUUCUCUCUCACUCCAUCUCCUUAUUAAUUUUUAAUAUUCUAAAAACCCCAAUUGAAAUUGUGAUUAUUUAAAUCCCAGAAAACCCACCACGGCAAACCACCACCACCACCACCACCGUCACGUUGUUUUGGGUUCUUUUUCGAACGAACGCUCUCUCAGCUGCUCUUUCCUUCUUCCUCUACUUUACCAUUCUACCCUUCUUUCUCUCCAAUCCAAUUUCUUCUCCCUCCCUUCCUCCUUGCCCUUUCCCCCUUUCCCUUGCCUUCUUCUUCCCCUCCUCUUGCUUUCUCUGCUCCAAUGGAGUCUACUUCUGCUGCUGCUGAGGCUGCUGAGGCUGCUGAUACUAAUGACUUCCGCCUUCCGGCUCCCCCGGCUUCUGCUUGCGAUUCGGCCGAUCAGCGGAGGGAGAAUGGUGCAGAUUCUGGUGGUGGCGGCGGCGGUUGCGGAGGUGGAGGAGGGGCUAGGUAUAAGCUCAUGUCGCCGGCGAAGCUCCCGAUCUCCAGGUCUCCUUACAUCACCAUCCCUCCUGGGCUUAGUCCGACUUCGUUUCUCGAGUCACCGGUCCUGCUCUCCAAUGUCAAGGCUGAGCCUUCCCCGACUACAGGAUCUUUCAUCAAGCCUCAAACAGUGCAUGGCUCUUUUUUAUCGAACUCCUACUCAGCAACUGCAGUUUCAUCUGACACCUUUGGGGAAAGAGCCUCCAGCUUCUUUGAGUUCAGGCCUCCUUCUAUAUCAAAUAUGACUUCUGCAGAUAUGAUCAAUAAGAGGAGAGAACAAUAUGUACAAGUCCAAGGCAGUUCUCAGUCUCAAAUCCAAUCAUUUUCAUCAUUGGCUUCACCUAAAGCGGAGAUGGUAGCCUCCUCCAAUGAGUUGAGUCUCCAUAUGGCAACUUCUGGGACUACUGCAACUACUGAAGCUGAAGCUAAUGAACAAAACCAGACAGGAAACUCGAGCUGUGGGCCCCAGGUCUCGCAAUCUGAUCUUAAAGGAGGAACCACAAACUCAACUACAUCAGAGGAUGGAUAUAACUGGCGCAAAUAUGGACAGAAGCUUGUCAAGGGAAGUGAAUUUCCCCGUAGCUAUUACAAGUGCACACAUCCUAACUGUGAAGUGAAGAAGUUAUUUGAGCGCUCUCAUGAUGGGCAAAUAACAGAGAUUAUUUAUAAAGGCACACAUGACCAUCCUAAACCUCAACCUAGUCGUCGAUACGCUGCUGGAGCUCUUUUGACUGCGCAAGAAGAUAGAUCUGAUAAAAUACUGUCUGGGAGGGAUGAAAAAUUGUCUGGUGCUUAUAGUCAAGCGUCCAACACCAUGGAACCAAAUGGUUCUGAAAUGUCCCCUGUUACAGCAACUGAUGAAAAUGCAGAAGGUACUGAAGAUGACGAUGAUCCCCUUUCAAAGCGAAGGAAAAUGGAUACUGGGAGUUUUGAUGUCACUCCAGUGGUUAAGCCUAUCCGUGAACCACGUGUUGUUGUUCAAACUCUUAGUGAGGUUGAUAUACUUGAUGAUGGGUACAGGUGGCGCAAAUAUGGGCAGAAAGUAGUGAGAGGAAAUCCUAAUCCGAGGAGCUACUACAAGUGCACAAAUGUGGGAUGCCCGGUGAGAAAGCAUGUAGAGAGGGCAUCACAUGAUCCGAAAGCAGUCAUAACUACUUACGAAGGGAAACACAACCAUGAUGUACCCGCAGCUAAGAAUAGCAGUAGUCACGACACAGCAGCAGCAGCAGCUGCUGCUGCUAUGAGCAGUAGUGGUCCAUUGAGGAUAAUAAGAUCAGAUGAAAGCGACACAAUCAGCCUUGAUCUCGGAGUUGGGAUGGGUUCUUCUGCAGCCGCUGAGAAUAGGUCCACCGACCACCACCAUCACCACCAACAGCCUUUCCACUCUGAACAUGGGCAGCAAAGCAGUGGGCCCAGUUUCAGCAAAGCUGCAAAUUACUAUGGUGGCAUGAACCAGUAUGCAUCAACUAGACAAACUCCUACGGAGGUUCACAGCUCAUCUUACCCCUACCCACCGAAUAUCGGAAGAUUACUUACCGGUCCUUAGAAUCUGUUCCCAAUGAAGCCAGCACGAUAAAAUGACUUUCCCUCCGGCUGGUGAAAUCGAAGCAGCUGGUCAUGAAUCCCGAAUUGUAGGAUUUCCCUAGUUGUCUAAACCAUGCUGGUCCGGUAAGCACUGUUAUCACAGAGCUGUUCAUCAUUAGAGCUUCUGCUUGUCAUCAACUGUUCUUUCUAUUAGCUUUCCUGGGUAGGAGCUCACAUAGCUUCUGAAGUGAAAGCUUACGGAAGUACAACUGGUACAAGGGUCGAUCGGCUUUUUCCUUAAGAGUCGGGGAAUCUGCUGGUGGCUUGGAAGGAACUGACUCAAAACACAGCUCAGCACUCGAUGUGGGAUGAUUAGUGAUUUGGUUGACAAAGUUGUAAUGUAAGCAGCGCUGUAUGUAUAUGGCCUUUUUAUUGUUGUGAUGUAUACAUACACAAUACUUCAUAGUUUACUCAAUGGGAAAUGACCAGUCAGAGUUCCUCAAUAGUGUCUUUAAUUUAUUACAUUACCACACAACAGGGAAAAGGAUGGUAGUGCUCCAUCUCUUAAACUCUACGCUGUGUCUAAAGCUAAUUGCGACUUCCAGCUUCUACUUAACUUCUGUUCUCUUUUGUGAUCAAACUCUUAAUCAUUGAAACCCACUUUCUUUGUUGAGUUAGGUGGUGGCGAUCGGGAAAUGUUUUGUU